AGGAGGAGAAGAAGAAAGCUACAACAUGGCGGCUGCAUCUAUUCCCCAGGAGUGGGAACUGUGAGAAGCGAAGCCCCAGGAGCUGGAGCAGCUUUGACUGUGCCGGGUCCUGGUUUCUGGGUGCCAGCCCCUUGGCCUUCCCCGUUCGCCCUAGCGGAAGUGGGGCCUGCACCCUUCAACUGUGCAAAGCCAUGGGGGUGCAGGGCUUCCAAGAGUUCGUGGAAAAGCGCUGCCCGGGGGCAGUGGUGCCUGUGGACCUGUUGAAGCUGGCACGGGCCGUAGGGGGCCGUGGAGGUGGGGGCCCUGCCUACUGUGCAACCUUCCACCCCUCAGCUGGCUACCCCCACCCAGCUGGGGCUGCACCGGGGCUGGGACCUAUGGUUGGUGCUGGCCCAUACCCACACUCUCAGCAUGCACCAGGGUUGGCACCCCCAGCACCAUGCCCGGCUCGACUCCUGGUAGAUGCUGACUCUGCCUUGCAGCGCUUGUACGGUGGCUACCAGACAGACUGGGUGUGUGGGGGCCAGUGGAACGCUAUGGUGGGCUACUUGGCUGCCCUUUCGCAGGCCUGCCUCUACCAAGGUGGGCUGGAGUUAGCUGUCAUUUUCAAUGGAGGGCUUGGAAAGGAGAGGCUGCCUGAGUGGGGCAGGAAGGCUCAGGCUGAGAGACAGACAGCUCAACUUAUUGCUGGGCACGUGGGCAACAAAGGUACCCCACCACCCCGGGCCUGGUUCCUUCCUCCUGCCUGCUUGGGGCAUUGCGUUCGCCUGGCCAUGAUUCGCUUCCGGGUCAAGGUGUUCCAGAGCCUGGAAGAUCAUCAUCAGGAAGUGGUAACCUUCUUCCGGGAGAACGGCUUCCAUGGGCUGAUUGCCCAUGACUCGGAGUAUGCCCUCUGCAACAUACCCUCAUACUACAGCUCCCAUGCCCUCAAGUUGAGCUGGAACGGCAAGAACCUCACCACCAACCAGUUCCUCAUGCAAGAGGUGGCCAAGCAGCUCGGCCUCAAGCUGAGCAGCUUUCCCGUCUUUGCUGCCUUGCUAGGGAACCACAUCCUUCCGGAUGAGGAUCUGGCUGCCUUCCACUGGAGCCUGCUUGGACCAGACCACCCAUUGGCUUCACUGAAGGUGCGUGCCCAUCAGCUGGUCCUGCCACCCUGUGAUGUGGUCAUCAAGGCUGUGUCUGAGUAUGUCGGCUCCAUCAAAAACCCCUCCAAUCUGGAUGUGAUAGGGAGAGAUGUCUUCAAGCACUCCCAGUCCAGGACCGAAGAUAAAAUAGAACGUUUCAAGAAGGCCGUAGAAUAUUAUUCAGUGGCCACGAAGGCACCCCCUACACCAAUGGGCCAGUCCCCGUAUGUUCUCCCAGCUUUUGGGCCCAGCCACUUUGGAGGGGCAGCACCUAUGAGCCGCAAUCCAAUGGUACCACUCCCUUCUGGGAAGGCCAUGUUCACUCCCCAGAUGGGGCCAAAGAUGCCGUACCAGCCCUCUGCCCCACACAGCGGGGUUGCUGCCGCCUCGUCUUUCCUUCCUGGCCCCGGCUCCAGCUUUCUCUUCUCUCCGCACGGCCUGGCGGAUGCAGCCCCCUUCCACGAGGACCCUGCCUUGAAGGGUGGACACUUCAACAGCUGGCCUGUCUCUUACGACAACUGUCCCGCCAAGUUGCCCAACCACCACCUGAGUUCCAAGCCCUCCCCGUCCUCUGGGCCUGGGUCUUCACCGUCCUCCUCCUCGGAUGGAGAAGAGCACAAUGGAACCAGCUCCAACCACGUCUCCGAAGUAGUGCCUCGCAAGACUGGCUGGGAGGACGAAAAGAUGCUGAGCCAGGGCUGGGGGCAGCACUUGGCUGGGGGUGCUGGCAGCACAGAAAGGAGCCUGAGCGGGCCCGAGGCCCACAUCCCCUCGCUGCUCUCCAUGGCGACCCGCAACCACAUGGACAUCACCACCCCGCCCCUGCCCCCUGUCGCCCCUGAGGUGCUUCGUGUGGCUGAGCACAGGCACCGCCGGGGGCUCAUGUACCCUUUCAUCUACCAUGUCCUUACCAAGGGUGAAAUCAAGAUCCCCAUGUGCAUCGAAGACGAGUGCAACACUGAGCUGCCCCCAGCAGCUGUCCUUUUCCGGGCCGCGCGGCAGUACGUGUACGGCGUCCUCUUCAGCGUGGCUGAGACCCAGCGCCGGAUGGAGCGCCUGGCUCUGCGCAAGCGCAUCCCUGUGGAAACUCAUCCUGUUAUCAUCAAGGAAUGGUCAGCGUACAAGGGGAAAUCCCCCCAGACUCCCGAGCUGGUCUCGGCCUUUGCCUUUCGGGAGUGGACGUGCCCCAACCUCAAGAAGCUGUGGCUGGGGAAAGCGGUGGAAGACAAGAACCGACGCAUGAGAGCCUUCCUGGCCUGUAUGAAAUCGGACACCCCCGGCAUGCUGAACCCGGCCAAUGUCCCCACACACCUGCUGCUGAUGUGCUGUGUGCUACGGUAUAUGAUACAAUGGCCUGGGGGCCGAAUCCUGCACAGACAUGAGUUGGACGCCUUCCUGGCCCAGGCUGUGUCUGCCCAGCUCUAUGAGCCGGAUCAACUUCAAGAACUGAAGAUUGAGAAGCUGGAUCCCAGGGGGGUGCAGCUGGCAGCUCUAUUUAUGAGUGGGGUGGACACAGCCCUCUUCGCCAACGACGCUUGUGGGCAGCCCGUGCCGUGGGAGCACUGCUGCCCAUGGAUCUACUUCGAUGGGAAGCUUUUCCAGAGCAAGCUAAUCAAAGCCACCCGGGAGAAGGCACCUCUCAUAGACCUCUGCGAUGGGCAGACUGAACAGGUGUCCAAAGUGGAGAAGAUGAGGCAGAGCAUCCUGGAAGGCAUCAACCUCAACCGCCAGGCCCCACCGCCUCUGCUCCCUCCGCCACCCUUUGUGUCUUCUAUGGCCCCACCUUUUUACCCAAUGCCUUUCUACCAUCGCACCAUUGGCUCAGUUCAGCCGCCGGGCCCUGGGAGGACCAGAGGCUUCACAGGACUUCAUCCUAUCCCACCCCAAGGAGGCAAAUUAGAGAUUGCUGGGAUGGUGGUGGGCCAGUGGGCCGGCAGCAAACCCUCCCGAGGACAGGGCUCCUUCGGCAUGCAGGUGGUGUCAGUCGGAGGCCCAGGAAAAGGCCGUGGCCGCGACAGCUCUGGAAAAGUCCCCAAAGGAAACAAGAAAGUGAACAAGCAAGGCUCUACCGAUGGAGUGGCAAAGACGCCAGAGUUCAACAACAACAACAACAGCAGUAGCAGCAACAGCAGCGGUGGCAGCAGCCGGCCACAGUCCCAGGUGAACGGGAACGGGGGCACCCCCCCCACAGUGGGCGAGGAUCCGGGGGCUGGAGCCUGCCCCCCAGCCACGUCACCUUGUGCCUUAGCCAGAGACGCGGACUCAUGCAAUAACAAUAGCCCGUUCUUCGGGACGCUGAGUGGGGACCCUGAACCGUGCCCGGAGAACAAGCUUCCCUUCCCAGCUCUGCAGAAAGAGGAGUGAAUAGAGGCCGCGGUGGAUCCGAUGGGCAAUGGGGUGGGGGUGGGCAGAGAAGAGGGGCA